GCGCAUUCACAGGCCUUUUACGACGCCAUCAAGAAGUUCCGCCGAAGCUACCGCAGCACAGUUCCGGUUGAGACCUUUCCCCGCCCGAGAACCUACUCCGGCGCGCACGGGCCUCGUCUUUUUUCUGUGCGUCCCGAGCAGCGUUCCCGGGACUGCAUCAUGGAGGCGCGUUUCACACGCGGGAAGUCGGCGCUGCUAGAGCGCGCACUGGUGCGGCCCCGCACAGAGGUGAGCCUGAGUGCCUUUGCCCUUCUCUUCUCCGAGCUGGUGCAGCACUGUCAGAGCCGCGUUUUCUCAGUGGCUGAGCUUCAGGCACGCUUGGCUGCCCUGGGCCGCCAGGUGGGCGCCCGAGUCCUAGAUGCCCUGGUGGCCCGUGAGAAGGGUGCCCGGCGUGAGACCAAGGUGCUGGGUGCGUUGCUCUUCGUCAAGGGUGCAGUGUGGAAGGCACUGUUCGGCAAGGAGGCAGACAAGCUGGAGCAGGCCAAUGAUGACGCCCGCACUUUCUACAUCAUUGAGAGGGAGCCUCUCAUUAACACCUACAUCUCUGUGCCCAAGGAGAACAGCACACUGAACUGUGCCAGCUUCACAGCGGGCAUCGUGGAGGCUGUGCUCACGCACAGCGGCUUCCCAGCCAAGGUCACGGCGCACUGGCACAAGGGGACCACACUCAUGAUCAAGUUUGAAGAGGCUGUUAUUGCCCGAGAUCGGGCCCUGGAGGGACGCUGACCCCACAGGAGAUAAAGGAUGAGCAGAUCUCGUUCCCAAGCUUGUGUUGUGUCUUGUGUAGGGGCGUCACAUCUGCCCACAUCCUGAUCCUGGUCCUGAGUUCCAGACUGAGGGAGUCCAAAGGCAAGCUUGUCAGGCAUACGUGGAGAGUGAGGAAGUGGACAAUGGGCUGUCUUGGCUUUGGGCUUUCAGAUAAGGUUGGAGGCUUGGAUGUAUUGGGGAGAUAGGGCACCUCUGGAAUUACCAUUGGAGCUUGCAGUCUGGACAGGUGGGGGCAGGGAUAUGAGGUUAAGAGGGACCAGGGCCUGGCAAACCGCCAGUGCUAGAGCCCAGUUUGUAGAGUGCCCGGGUUUGAUUCCUUAUGCCACAUAGAAUGGGCAUAGUGGUGCAAAUUGUCUCAUCCCAGCACUAGGAAGGUAGAGGGAAAAAGAUAAGUUCAAGGCCAUCCUCUGCUUCUUAGCAAGUUUGAGACCAGCUCUAGCAGCACAGGACUCUUUCUUAAACAAGUAUGUGGCAGGGAACUCUUCCCUUGAAAUUCAGUUUUCCUCAAAUCUCCGUUUGUUCUAAAAAAACCAAAAGUCAGAUAGUAAAGGAGAGGGUGUGGCUGUGUGCCUAAAACGUAAAUGGAGAGUGGUUAUUCUCCCUUUAGCCAUUGGCUACUCAAAGUGGCUGUGGACUGUCAGCGUCUGCAUCGGCACCAGCAUCGACGUCAGAGUCGGCAUCGUUGUCCCACAUGCAGGAUCACUGGUCCACCCCUCGACUUCCAGGACCAGAGGUUUGCAUUCCAGCCUCUUUCUCAGAGGUCUCCCUGGGACUCUUAUUUUGAGAAACGAUGCUUCAAGGCAUCAGAGUCACCCGAAGGACCGAAAAACUCAGCUGGUCUCAAAACAAACAAAACUAGGCUUUACCCCUGCAGUCAGAUUCUCAAGUUUGGGGAUGUGCUUAAGAAUUUGUUUCUGGUACAUUCUGGAGAGCUGCUUCGUGCCCUAGGAGUCACACCGAGAACAGUGGCACACCAGCCUCUCAAAGGGGGAAGAGCCCAGAGUCAUCUGGAAACUUAAGAGAGUUUUAAGGUUAACAUUUAAAAGAUUUAUUCUGUGACAGGUUUCUGUCUGCACAGGCUGGCUUCAACCUUGCUAUCCAUUUAAGGAUGACUGAAUUCCCGGCCCUUCUGACUCCACGUGAGGUUGAGUGUUUAACUUAGUGGCUCAUCACAUUUACUAUUUUAAGCAGAGUCUGAAUUAUGUUUUCUCGGCUGACCUGGAACUCACUGUGUAGAUCAGGUUGGCCUCACAUUCAAGAGGUCUACCUCCCUAGUGCUGAGAUUAAAGUUGAGCACCACCA